UUAUUUAUAUACGUGUUAUAUAUAUAUAUAUAUAUAUACACUUGUAUAAUACUCCAUUCAUAUGGAGUAUUUAUAUAUAUAGCUGUAUAUAUAUAACUUUCCCAUUUCCUAAAGGAGGUUUUUGGAUUGCUAUUCACCACCCAUUCAGACCACUGGAGGGUCCAUUUCAUCUUUUUGAUUGUUUGAUGAUCCAGUGAAGCUUUUCUAGAGAGAGAUAGAGGUAGAAACACAGAGAGAGAGAGAGAGAGAGAGAGAGGAGGAGUCGGGGUGGGAGGCAGCUGGUGGAAAGGGUCUCCGCCCUUGUUCUUUGACUUGAAUUCCUUCGCAUUCCCUUCCUUUCUCUUCCCUUCUAUUUUCUUCUUCUAUCGAAUUCUGAUCCUCUCAUCUCUCUCUUUUGCCAGUCAAUUCACAUGGUCUCUUAUGGCAACAUUUUGAUGUUCUUGUUGUAAUCUCAUUUUCAAAAAAUUUAUGAUCUCCUUUAAACGGACUUAUUGAACAUCACCGUUGCUAUGUGGUUGUUUGAUUAUUUAUUAUCAGCAGUUCGAAAUUAAAGCUUUACUUUCUCCAUUAAUGGUUCAUUUCUGUGCCUCUUUUUGCUGAGAACAUUCGAUCUGAGCGAUUCUUAUCAUUAUUCUAAUCCUCUUCUCUAAAUCUCUGCAAAACAGGACUCAAUUAACCUGAUUCCCUUUUUUAAUUCCUCGAUUUCGCAUAUUUAAUCUCGGAAUCUCUACCUAAACUCUUACCCAUCCACCUCAUUAGUUUGGAAAUGUUCUUUUAAUCAUAUAUACACCUAAUUAAUUAUAUAUCUAGUAUAUACAUAUCUGUCUCAUUUCUUUGGAUACGCAUAUUUGUAUAAAGUCUCAUUUCUUUGGAUACGCAUAUUUGUAUAAAGUCUUGGCCUUUUUUUUCCUGAUUCAAUCUUGUUGGUUACAAAAUGGGUUGCGCAAGUUCGAAACAAAAGGUAUGCCGGAACUGUCAGACGCCAUACUCGCCGGUGCCGCGAAGCUAUUCGAUGCACGUCCACCACCCUCCUCAGCAAAAAGGGGAUAGCUACCAUGUCGUGGCUCUCACCUCCAGCUCACUGGGAACGAUCAAGCUCGAUUCGUUGGACCAAAUUCACCCUCUCAAUGAAAGCAAUGCUCCAGUUGAAAUUAAAGAUGAGCCAAAUGAAGGUGAAGACAGUGUUUCCAAUAAGAGAAGCAAAGAGUUUUCAGUGGGUUUGAUUGAGGCCAAGACUUGGUCUACCAUGAUCAAUGAAAAAAUUCCUAAAAUUGUUCCGAGAACUCCAAUUAGAACACCUCCAGGUGAGCCUGAGACGAUCAAUGCCUGGGAAUUGAUGGAGGGCCUUGAAGACACUAGCCCUCUUCGUCCUCCAAAUCACAUUCGGAGCUUCUCUUUCCAUGUCGCUCCGAAUUCGAUUCCAUCCCCACUCGGUAGUCCCAAAUCGAAGCUGCGAGCAAAUGAUGAUUUGUCCUCUAAACCAUUGUGGCUUGAGAUGGCUGACAAAGAAUCACUUUCCAAUUCGAAUUCGAAUGCAACAUCUAUAAUCUCCGAGUUUGAUCCAGAUGUCAUUUCCACAUUCAGGAAAGCGUUGGAAGAUCUCCCUCCUGCCAACCCUUUUCACCUCAAACCAUUAGGCAACGAAACAGAGCAGGCCGUGGCCGGCUACAAUCAGCCACUGGAAGUCAUGGCCGAUAAGAGUACUAUAGAUGGUGGUGCGGAAGAGUAUAAAUGCUCAUCAUUUGGAAAAGACAAGGUGGUGCUAUACUUCACAAGCCUAAGAGGAGUGAGGAAGACAUAUGAGGAUUGUUGCCAUGUUAGAGUGAUUCUAAAUGGAUUGGGUAUUCGAGUUGAUGAGAGAGAUUUAUCGAUGCAUUCCGGGUUCAAGGAGGAGCUGAAAGAGCUAUUGGGAGAAGGGUUUAAUAAUAAUGGUGGUGGUUUGCCAAGGGUGUUUGUGGGGAAGAGGUACAUUGGUGGGGCGGAAGAGAUACGGCGAAUGCACGAGGAUGGAAAGCUCGAGAAGGCACUCGAAGGUUGUGAAAUGGUGGAUGAUGGCGGUGGAGGUGAUGGUGGUUGUGGUGGAGGUGGUGGUGGCGGAAUUUGUGAGGCAUGUGGGGAUAUAAGGUUUGUGCCUUGUGAGACAUGUUCAGGGAGUUGUAAAAUCUACUAUGAAGGUGAUUAUGAUGAAGAAUGCGAUGAAAAUGAUUGUGGAUUCCAACGGUGUCCAGAUUGCAAUGAAAAUGGGAUCAUACGCUGUCCAAUUUGUUGCGAUUAAUUGCAAAAGGUACUAUUAGUAAGAAUUUUUGCCAUUUUUUAUUUUUUUUUUUCUUUCUGUUUUUGGUUUCUGUCUGAGUUGUUUGUUGUACAGUGAGGAGUUUCAAUAUGUUUGUUGAAUGGGAGGUUUAUGAGAUAACUGUAAGAGAAAGACUAAUACUUUCGCAACCGAACUGUAAUACUUUCAUCACGUAUGUAUCAAAAAAAGAGGCUUGUGUACCUUUCUUUA